AUAUCUCGCAGGCCCCCUAAAACCCUUCUGGAAGUUCAGGUUUUUUCUACCCUACAGCAGUUUCUUCCUCGCCGUCGUCGCACAGAUGGCAGUCUCUGCUUUCGCCGUCUCGAUGGCGCGGGCAAAUCCGUCGUUCCGCUCGGCCCUAAGUCUAAUGUUCUCGAAACGCUUCUUCCACUCCGCCGUUCCAUCUUCCCCGCAUCCUAUUGGCGUUGUCUCCUACAUGAUCGGCGGCAUCAUGCGCCGUCGUCCGAUACCUUAUGCUUCCGUGCGGCUCGUAGCUGGAGCCGGCGCUGCCAGGCUCAACCAAAUCCGUUGCAGAAUCAAUCGGUCAGGUGACUCUCCCUACUCACCUAUCAACUCGGGAUCCGGCGGCGGAUUCAGUGACAGGCCGAGUGACAUGUCGUUGACUGAGAUGGCGCCUCUGUUCCCUGGCUGCGAUUAUGAGCACUGGCUCAUCGUUAUGGAUAAGCCAGGCGGGGAGAACGCUACCAAAGAGCAGAUGAUCGAUUGCUACGUCAAAACCCUAGCCAAGGUCGUUGGAAGUGAGGAGGAAGCAAUAAAGAAAAUCUACAAUGUCUCUUGCGAACGCUACUUUGGCUUUGGAUGUGAAAUUGAUGAGGAAACAUCUAAUAAGCUUGAAGGACUUCCAGGAGUUCUAUUUGUGCUCCCAGAUUCUUAUGUUGAUGCUGAAAAUAAGGACUAUGGAGCCGAGCUGUUUGUGAAUGGACAAAUUGUCAAGCGGUCUCCUGAACGGCAACGGAGGGUUGAGCCAGUGCCCCAGAGAGCUCAAGACAGGCCCAGAUAUAACGACCGAACUCGAUAUGCAAGGCGGAGGGAUAACCGAUGAAGUUUAUUAUUUUUUGGUUUAGAUGGAUUGGCUUGAUAUGUAGUCUUUAUGAGUUGCUUCUGUUAUUAUUAAUGGUAUUAUGUUGAACUAAUGUUUAGACCCCUUUUAUUAUUUUUGUUUUAGAACAAACUCAGCGUCUACUGCACAAGUUAUUUGCUGUUUUAUUGAA